CUCCCUAAACGUUCCGACCAGAAACACGGCCGCUCUGAAAGCGUGAUAUCCAACAGUCAUGUCUUUCCAUCAGGACCAUGGGGCUCCCAGGGGAGGAAUGCCCCCAGGCCAGCACGGCUCCCCUCAAAGCUACCGACCCACCAACCUGAGGCCGCCCCCUCCCCAGCCUCCUGUGCCCCCGUACCACUACGAUCCACAGACUCCUCCCAAUUCAGGCUACCAUGGGAACAGCAGCUACAUGCCUCCACACUCUGACUUCAUGCAGUACCCUCCUCCAGCGCCAUCCCAGACUCCCAGUUCUCUUAACCAGUGUCCAGCGCGCCCACCUUUUCCCAAGCCCCCAGUCCGGCAGGGCUUCCUAGAACCCCCUCCUAACUUUCCACCUCCUCCCUUGCCCAGCUCCACAGGGGGUCCAACACCAGGUUCCCAGGUGUCUGCUCAGAAUGCCUACCACCCUUACAUGAUGCCACCUGUGCCCCCGCCACCAUUACCACACCCGCCCAUGCCUCACCCCAUGGCUUCUCAGUCUAUGAGCUACCAUCCUCCGUACUCCAUGAACUACCCCCAUCCUCCCCACCCCCCCUUCCCUCCUCCCACCUUCAGCCCUGGCUACACCCAGAGCCCCAGCUCAUUCAAACCAGACCAUAACUUCAGGCACGGGGGGCAGUAUAAGUUCGAAAAACCCAUGGACAACAGGAGGUCUCCAGAAAGAGCGUAUCGCCACGAUGACCACAGGCAGAAGGGCUACGGCUACGGUAGCCACGGUGAUAGGCACAAAAUGGAAUUUCCUGGAGAGAGGAAAGAUCGCGGGAGGAGCCCAGACAGGCGUGCCAGGCCAGAGGGUGGAAGGUACAGGUCUGAGUACGACAGAGGCCGGACUCCCCCCAGACACAGGAGCAGGGAUCGUAGCAGAGAAAGGUAUCGUCACAGAGAAAGUCGGAGAUCUCAGUCGCCUGACAGGCACAGAAAAAAGCCACGGAGUCGGUCCGCAAGCAGAGACAGGAAACGGGCUCGCUGGGAAGAGGAGAGGGACAGGAGGUCGGAGGGCUCCUCAGGCCCGAGCAGAGAGCGCAGCUACUCCUCCAUCAGGAGCAGAGACUCUGAUGAGGCUUUCAGUGACAGAGACCGAGAGCGAGAGAGGGAACGGGACAGAGACAGAGAGAAAGAAAAGGAGAAGGGGGAUGAUGAGAAAGAGGAGGAGGAGCUGCUGAAACCUGCCUGGAUCCGCUGCACCCACGCUGAGAACUACUACUCCAAUGACCCCAUGGACCAAGUGGGAGACUCUACGGUUGUGGGAACCAGUAAACUGCGGGAUCUGUACGAGCGCUUUGAGGAGGAGCUGGGAAGGAGACAGGAGCGAGCCAAGGCUGCGCGACCGAAAUGGGAGCCACCCAAGACCAAACUGGAUGAGGAUCCAGACGACAGCAGCAGUGACUCAGACUGUGAGUCAGAUGGCGAAGGAAGCACCUGCUCCAGCAGCUCGGACUCCGAGGUUUUUGAUGUCAUUGCCGAGAUCAAGAGAAAGAAAGCUCACCCCGACCGCCUGCACGAGGAGCUGUGGUACAACGACCCAGGACAGAUGAAUGAUGGUCCCCUGUGUAAGUGCAGUGCCAAGGCCAGACGUACAGGGAUCCGCCACAGCAUCUACCCGGGGGAGGAGCCCGUGAAACAGUGCCGUCCAAUGAACAACAAUGCGGGAAAACUGUUUCACUACAGGAUCACUGUGUCUCCUCCUACCAACUUUCUGACUGACAGGCCGACGGUGAUCGAGUACGAUGACCACGAGUACCUGUUCGAAGGCUUCUCUCUUUUCUCCCACACGCCUCUCACUAAUAUUCCAUUGUGCCGUGUGAUCCGCUUCAACAUAGAUUACACCAUUCACUUCAUAGAGGAGAUGACACCAGAGAACUACUGUGUCCGAGGCCUGGAGCUGUUUGCCUCCUACUUGUUCCAGGACAUUUUAGAGCUGUAUGACUGGAACCUGACAGGUCCUGAGUCUGACAAUGAGGCCUCCGGAUGCCAGCGGUUCCAUUUUAUGCCCCGUUUUGUCCGAUUCUUGCCCGACGGUGGGAAGGAGGUGCUGUCCAUGCAUCAGGUGCUGCUCUACCUGCUGCGCAGCAGCAAGCCCCUGGUCCCCGAGGAGGAGAUUGCAGACAUGCUGCAGUGGGAGGAGCUGGAGUGGCAGAAAUAUGCGGAGGAGUGCAAGGGCAUGAUCGUCACCAACCCGGGCAUGAAACCCAGCUCAGUGCGCAUCGACCAACUGGACAGGGAGCAGUUCAACCCGGAUGUCAUCACCUUCCCCAUCAUCGUUCAUUUCGGGAUCCGUCCCGCUCAGCUCAGCUACGCCGGAGACCCUCAGUACCAGAAGCUGUGGAAGAGCUAUGUGAAACUACGCCACCUGCUGGCCAACAGCCCCAAGGUCAAGCAGAUUGACAAGCAGAAGCUGACACAGAGAGAGGAAGCUCUUCAGAAGAUCCGUCAGAAGAACACUAUGCGCCGUGAGGUGACAGUGGAGCUCAGCAGUCAGGGCUUCUGGAAGACUGGCAUCCGCUCCGACGUCUGUCAGCACGCCAUGAUGCUGCCCGUUCUCACACAUCAUAUCCGGUACCACCAGUGUCUGAUGCACCUGGAUAAGCUCAUUGGCUACGUCUUCAAGGAGCGCUGCCUCCUUCAGCUGGGCAUGACUCACCCCAGUCACCACCUCAACUUCGGCAUGAAUCCCGAUCAUGCCCGCAACUCCCUUUCCAAUUGCGGCAUCCGCCAGCCCAAGUAUGGGGACAGGAAGGUCCACCACAUGUACAUGAGGAAGAAGGGAAUCAACACAUUGAUUAACAUCAUGUCUCGUCUUGGGCAGGAUGACCCCUCCCCUUCCAGGAUCAAUCACAACGAGAGACUGGAGUUCCUGGGUGAUGCUGUCGUCGAGUUCCUCACCAGUGUCCACUUGUACUACCUUUUUCCCAAUUUAGAGGAGGGUGGCCUGGCCACAUACAGAACAGCCAUCGUACAGAACCAGCACCUAGCCAUGCUAGCCAAGAAACUGGAGUUAGAUCGCUUCAUGCUCUACGCUCACGGACCGGAUCUGUGCCGGGAGUCAGACCUGCGACACGCCAUGGCCAACUGCUUCGAGGCUCUUAUCGGUGCUGUGUAUUUGGAAGGAGGCUUGGAGGAGGCACGGCAGCUCUUUGGUAGAUUACUUUUCAACAGUGAGGACCUACGGGAGGUCUGGCUUAACUACCCACCCCACCCCCUGCAGGUCCAGGAGCCUCAGACAGACAGGCAGCUAAUUGAGACGUCGCCAGUCCUUCAGAAACUGACCAGCUUCGAGGAGUCGAUUGGAGUUUUGUUCACUCAUGUGCGUCUGCUGGCCAGAGCUUUCACCUUGAGAACUGUGGGCUUCAACCACCUCACACUGGGUCACAACCAGAGGAUGGAGUUCCUGGGAGACUCCAUCAUGCAGCUGGUGGCCACAGAAUACCUUUUCAUCCACUUCCCUGACCACCACGAAGGACAUUUAACACUCCUCCGCAGUUCGCUGGUAAACAACCGCACACAGGCCAAGGUGGCAGAGGAGCUGGGCAUGCAGGAGUUCGCCAUCACCAAUGACAAAACCAAACGACCGGUCGCACUGCGGACCAAGACUCUGGCUGACUUGUUGGAAUCUUUCAUCGCAGCACUCUACAUUGAUAAAGAUCUGGAGUAUGUGCACACCUUCAUGAAUGUCUGCUUUUUCCCCCGGCUGAAGGAGUUCAUCCUGAACCAGGACUGGAAUGAUCCAAAGUCUCAACUGCAGCAGUGCUGUUUGACCCUGAGAACAGAGGGCAAGGAGCCUGAUAUCCCACUCUACAAGACCCUGCAGACAGUGGGUCCCUCACACGCCCGCACCUACACCGUGGCUGUGUAUUUCAAAGGGGAGCGAAUCGGCUGUGGCAAAGGCCCAAGCAUCCAACAGGCGGAAAUGGGAGCUGCGAUGGAUGCACUCGAAAAAUAUAACUUCCCACAGAUGGCUCAUCAGAAGCGCUUCAUCGAGCGGAAAUACAGACAGGAGCUGAAGGAGAUGAGACGAGAGCGGGAGCGGCAGGAGAAGGAGACUGACGAGGUGGAGGAAUGCAGGAAGUGACAGCACAUAUUCUUGGGACUGGGUGGGUGGGCGGAGGGGAGGGGGCAAAUCAGGACCCGCAUCAGUAAUAAGGAGCCCUGUCUGCAAACGUCGCAAAAUGGAGGUUCCACUAGUUGAUCGUGGAGCCGUGUAGUCUAGAAAGGAUGACUGACUGUUCCCCAAGUUCUGCGUGAACCUCAGUGGGACACAGGUGAGGAUUUAUUAGGUUGAUAUGACUCUUAGCUCAGAGAUUUAGAGUGAAAUCAGCCCGUAUUGGCCACUGUUUUCAAAGUUAAAGUGGGAUAGAAGAAUCAAACGGAAUUAAAAAACAUGACAGCAAGCUGCUGUCAUGUUUUAUGCUGUUUAGUACUGUAGCACUGUCAGAGGUGGCCUUAAGUUGUUUUAUGUCCAUGUUCGUUGCCGAAACGUUAAAUAUUGAGGUGACGACUAAAAUUUUAAAUCCCGAACCUACGGUGGGAAGCUCACUAUGUUACUGACAAAAGAAACAGAACAUGUUUUUAAAUGAAAUAUGAAAUGUUAAAUAAACUAUCAAAGCUAAUAUUGUAAAUAAAGUUCCAGAUUCUGUCCUGAUCAGUCGAAAAUCAGAUUUCUUGCAUUU